UUUCGCGAGUCGUGUUCGGAAUGGUCCACUUACCUCUCUUUCCUCGAAGAGUAUAAUACCUCUUGCUCCGAAAGAACCUGACGAUAAGAUUAGAGGUGGCAGCGACAUUUCUUUUUUAACGACACAUCCUAUCGUCACGGUCUUAUAAGGCCUGAAGUUUUGACCAGGCUGUCUUUCACUAAAUCUCGUCUCUGCGGGGACGAGGGAUCAAACCCGCACGGCUCUCCAUCUUUAAUUUAGUUUUAAGGUACGAUGUUAAUAAUGAGAUUCUUGCUGCCAUUAAUGCUUGUCCUAGCGUCUUGCUGGGCAAGCAAACCUAUAUUACAUGUGACUUCUCAAGCUACGCAACAAUUAGACGACUAUAGGUUACCGUCAGAAGUCGUACCUACUGAAUAUGAAAUUUUAUUGACACCGACUUUCGAGUCCGGGACAGAAAAAGAUAAAAAUUUUACUUUCGAAGGAUGGUCUAAAAUCAAUCUCGAUAUUAAGAAUUCUACAAAUAUCAUAACAUUCCAUGCUUCCAAAGAACUUGAUAUCGAAAAUAAAAAAAUUACGCUGAUACAUGGUGGCGAGAACAUACGAGCAAUACAACCAAUACAAGUUUUGCGUGAUACACGAAGAGACUUCGUACAACUCAUUUUUAUGGAACCUAUUCCUGCACCAAAUACUGCAAUACUAUCUUUGAGUUAUACUGGGACGUUAAAUGAUGAAUUACGUGGAUUCUACAGAAGUUCUUACCAGAAUAAGGAUGGAGAAACAAAGUGGCUUGCAACGACUCACUUUGAACCAGUAAGCGCGAGACAGGCCUUCCCAUGUUGGGACGAACCGGAAUUAAAAGCACAAUUUACCAUUAGAAUUAAAGUUCCUAAAAUUGAUAAUUACACUGCAAUUUCGAAUAUGCUUUAUACAAACGUUACGAAAGAUAGAGAAUACAUUUUCAUGAAGACACCAAAAAUGUCUACUUACCUCGUGGCUUUUGUAGUUUCGGAUUUCACAGCUCUACAGAACAAGGCUAAUAAUUUUAGCGUUUUUGCGAAACCCACGAUAGAGGAGAGUGCGAAAACAUUUGCAUACGACUACGGAUUGAACACAUUAGAAGUGCUAAAGGAAUUUACCAGCAUCGAUUAUUACGAUAGAACGCCCAAGAUGGAUCAAAUUGCAAUUCCAGAUUUCGGGGCUGAUGCUAUGGAAAAUUGGGGUCUUGUGACGUACAGAGAACCUCAACUUUUCUACAUAAAGGAGAAAUCCACUACGGAAAAGAAGCAAGCUAUAGCGACAACAAUAGCUCACGAGUUCUCUCAUCAAUGGUUUGGUAAUUUGGUUACUUGCAAAUGGUGGAAUGAAAUCUGGCUAAAUGAAGGGUUUGCUACCUUCUAAUAUUAUAUUACCGAUAAGGUUAUUCCAAAAAUGUAUGAGAAACAAAAUUGGCGUCUUAUGGAACAAUUUGUAGUUAAAAAUCUCCAAGCAUCGUCAUUUGUUGUUGAUGCAAGUAGUAAAGCUCGCCCAUUAAGGCCUAAAACCCCCGUACAAACUUCUACCCAAAUUCGAAGCUUAUUCGACGACAUUGCCUACAGAAAAGGUGCUUCUGUUCUUUAUAUGAUGCAAGGAUUCUUAUCGGAUGAAGUUUUCCAGGAAGGACUUAGACAAUAUCUAACUGUCCACGCGGAGAAAGGAGUUGACUCUAACGAUCUCUUCAAGUCUAUUCAAAGUGUAUUAAAUGAUACACUAAUAGAAAAAUAUUUGCCGAACAAUGAAACUGAAAUUGCGGACGUUAUGCAAAAUUGGGUAAACGAACCUGGAUAUCCCGUCAUCACCGUCACGUGGAAAGAGAACUCAACUGAUGUAGUUAACAUAAAGCAGGAACGAUUCUUCUUAGUGAAACCGGCGAAAGAGGAUAAGACUCAGUGGUACAUACCCCUUACUUAUGUAACAGAAGCUAAGCCCGAAGAGAAAAAAUCUCACUGGAUGAUACCAGGAACGAAUGAUACCUCACUUCAGAUACUGAACAAUACAUUAUGGAUACUUUUCAAUAAGGAUCAAAAAGGAUACUAUCGUGUAAAUUACGACGAUACAAAUUGGCAGCGUCUAGCGACGGCCUUAACGACGGAAGAUCAUGCAAAAAUAAACGCGAUUAAUCGCGCCCAACUGAUCGACGAUGCGUUAAAUCUCGCGCGUGCAGGAUACGUGAAAUAUGACAUUGCAUUGCAGAUGACGACGUAUCUGUCGGGUGAGAAGGAUUAUAUUCCAUGGUAUGCCGCUGUCAGAGCAUUCGAUUAUCUGGACAGCGUAUUAGUGGGUACGAAGAAAUACCCAGAGUAUCAUAAAUACAUCGCUGAUAAAAUAACGGCUUUUGCAACGGCAGUCGACUAUAAAGAAUGGGAAAAAGGUUCGCAUGUAGAUAAACUCGCCAAAGUGUUGGCGCUAAACACGGCUUGUAAAUAUGGACUGGACGAUUGCACGAACUUCGCUAAACAGAAACUCACAGAUUGGUUGGAUGACAAGAAGGAUGAGAAAAAACAGGCUGACGAGGACGGAGAUAAGAAGAAGGACACGAGCCUCUCGCCGGACAUGAGAAAGGGAAUUAUUUGUGCCGGAUUGCGAAAUGCAGACAUGGAAACGUGGAACAAGGCUCUAGAAAAGUACAAAGAUAACGGAGAUAAAGAUGAAAAGGCGGAUCUACUGGCCGGUCUUGGUUGCGCCACGUCCAAGGAAAUCGUCCAGAAAUUCCUUGAGUUAACUCUUGAGAAGGAGCCUAAAGAAAAAAUCGUCCAGAAAUUCCUUAAGUUAACUAUUGAGAAGAAGCCCAAAGUUGAAGUUAAUAUUUUUGAUGCGAUGAAUUCGAUAUUUGCGGGUAACGCCGAAUCCUUCGACAUUCUCAUAGAAUUUAUCUACAAGAAUAUUGGGGAGAUCCAAAAGGCAGAUAAAGAAGAUAACUCGAUGCUCGCUGCCCUCCUUAAUAAUCUUUCCAACCGAGUCGUAACAUUGGUGCAAUAUACACAGUUGUCACUACUUGUACAUGGGCUACUGCAGAAAACAGAAAAUGUUCAAUUGUUCGAAGGGGUAGUCCGACUUGUCUGGGUUCAAACCUAUCAGGGCGAGGUUGAAAAGUGGUUAGCAGAUAAUUGUAAAGUUUGUCAAAAAGAAGGAGAAAAGCCAGACUCCGCAAGUUCCAUUACUGUGGCAACGUUCCUUCUAAUUAUUUCAUUGUUAAUCACACGAUUCAGCCGAUUUUCUUCACAAGUAGAAGCACUUUACUAUCGUGCAUCUAGCCGCCGCAACGUUUCGCAGGAUUUCCGCAAUUAUAUUUGCGUAAAUAUACAGAGCAGAAAGAUAUUUGAAAAGACAGUUGGCAUGGCGUUUCUGAAAAUAUUAGUGAAUGUCGGUCUAAUAUUCACCGUUGCGACGGCUCUUCCUGUUGACGGAGAUUCAGGGAAUGACUUGAGCGCGGCAGUCAAUUACCGUUUACCAGACAACGUAGUGCCAGUGCAUUACGACAUCGAGCUGACACCAUAUAUCGAGGAGGAUAAGUUUAUCUUUGAUGGUAAAACUCUUAUCACCAUCGAUAUCCGUCGUGCAACGCGGGACCUAAGCCUGCACGCGCUGGAUUUGACGAUAAAUGAAACAGCGACGUCAUUGAUCAGCAGCGACAUCGGUAGCUAUGCACCUGUGGCGCAUAAUUAUGACAAUACAACGGAAAUCUUAACCCUUCACUUUGAUGAUGAACUACCCCCUGGAAUUUACAAUCUAUCUAUGCAAUUCGUCGGUAUUCUAAACGACGAGUUGCAUGGCUUCUUCAGAACAUCAUAUUUCAAUGAGAAAAAAGAGAGAGUGUGGUUGGCCGCAACGCAUUUCGAGGCAACCUGGGCGCGACGAGCUUUCCCAUGUUGGGACGAGCCAGCAUUAAAAGCCACUUUCGCUAUCGCUAUAAGACAUCAUCAAAACUACACAGCUGUGUCAAAUAUGCCGAUACGGGAUAAAUUGGACGACGGAUACGGCAUGAUGUGGACGAUCUUCGACACGACUCCGAUCAUGUCUACCUAUCUCGUGGCGUUCGCGGUGACCGAUUAUGUUCGUAUUCCUAACGCAGAUGAAACGCUCAACAUGUGGUGCAGAUCAGCAUUGGCUCCGCAUUCAAAAUUCGCACAGGUGGUUGCUCAAAAGGCCAGAGACAUAUUGACCGAAUACACCAACAGCACCGACAAAGUUCCGAAAAUGGAUCAUUUAGCGGUUCCGGAAUUCACCGCUGGUGCCAUGGAAAAUUGGGGACUCAUUAUUUACUACGAACCCGACUUUGCGUACAAUGAAGAAACAGAUAGACUACUGCAUAAACUAAGAGUAGCGGUGACAGCAGCACAUGAAAUGGCACAUCAAUGGUUUGGGAAUGUGGUCAGUCCGUUAUGGUGGUCUCACGUGUGGCUAAACGAGGGAUUUGCAUCAUUCUUCGAAGAAUUAAUUCUUAAUGAGAUUUUCAAGGAAUGGCAAAUAAUGGAUUUCUUUGUUGUCAAAGUUCAACAAGCAGCUCUACAUAUUGACGUUGCGAAGCGUAUGAAGCCUAUUACAUACGAAGUUAACACUCCCAUAGAAAUUCAAUCACUCUUCUCUUAUUCCAGUUACGGCAAAGCACCCGCUAUACUGCGCAUGUUACAGCAUACUAUUACCCCUAAGGUGUUUCGGAACGGUAUCAUUAGAUAUUUACAUAAACACCAGUUUAAUUCGACUACUUCCGAUGACCUAUGGAACGCCUUGCAAAUAGCCCUCGACGAAUCAGAAGUUCCACAUAAUGACUACAGAUUGAAAGAAGUAAUGGAUACCUGGUUAAAACAAAGGCAUUUCCCUGUGGUACGCGUGACCCGAAACUACGACACCGGUGAAACGAUACUAACGCAAGAACAUUUUCGAUCAGAGAGCGAAGACGAGCACAUCGAUAGCGAUAAGUGGUGGAUACCUUUGUCUUAUGUUACACAAACGAAUCCCGAUUUCUCCAGUACUCUACCCACUCAUUGGCUAAGACCACAAGAUAAAAAUAUCAGCAUUGAUGGAGUCGAUCCAAAUGACUGGAUCAUAGUUAAUGUGCAGCAAAUGGGAUACUAUCGAGUUAAUUACGAUGAUACGAAUUGGCGAAAAAUUGCGACAUAUCUCAAUUCUGACAAUUACACAAAAAUACAUGUGCUUAAUCGAGCUCAAAUCAUUGAUGAUGCUUAUCAUCUUACGAUAGCAAAUCAACUUGAUAUAGAGAUAUACCUGGAUCUUGUAAAUUAUUUGUCGCGGGAAACAGAUUUUGUAGUAUUAUAUUCUAUGUUUAAUAUAUUAGAAUUUACGGAAGAUUUGUACAGAAUUCCAGAAAAUUAUUAUCUUAAGGAAUACGUACUGCGUAUUUUGAAUGAGCUUAUUAAAGACGUAGGAUACGAUGAAGAUCCUGCAGACGAUGAUAUUACAAAGCUUAAGAGAUACAACAUUUUAAAAUGGGCGUGUGCUUUCGGUCACUCUGAAUGCAAGAGAAUAGCUGCUGUUAAAUUAAAUGAAUUUCUUGCAAAUCCUGAAAUGCACAGAGUGUCUGCAGACUUCAAAGAAUGGAUGUUUUGUAAUGGUAUAAUGGAAGCCAAUGCGUCUACUUGGAAUGAAUUAAAGGAUAUGUAUUACGUCGAUAACGACGAAGAUACAUUGGAGUACUUGGGUUGCUCUGAAAAUUCUAAUAUCCUGAUCGAUUUUGUUAAUACAAGUGUCUCGGAUGAUUUAAUAAUGGAACAUCAAAACGAAAUUAUUUCAAAUAUUAUUCAAAAACAUUCAGACAACGAUGAAGUACUUGAUUAUAUGUUGGAAAAUUUACAAGAAAUAACUCCUAAAAAGAAGGUUAAAGAACAAACAUUAGUAGGUAUUGUUCAUAGCGUGCACUCUCAUAAACGACUUGACAAGAUAAGCGGCUUUGUAAAAAACAAUAUCAAAGGAGUAGCAUCCACAAAUAUUCAAAAAAUAAUAGAAGAACGAAAAUCUAACCUGGCAAAUGAAUAUAUCAAACCACCACAUAUGAAAAAAAAUAGAACUGUAGAAGAACCAUGAGUCAAAAGGGAGAAUAAUUAUAUAACAUAGAUAUCUACCUGUAUCUUUAAGAUUUAUAAUUUUGGAGAUUACUAGAGAGUUUCUCCUUUUUUAAGUUACAAUAAGUUAUAAGAUAU